AUGGUUGGUACCGACGAGGUUCGCAAGAUUGGGGAGGAGCACGAAGCAGUUUUGAGGUCUCUACUGAGCCCUGAGGAAUCCGCAAGAUACCUCCGAAGCAUGCAAACAGCCAAGGCGAUGGAGCAGGCUUAUUCGUUCUUGCUGGCACGAGCACUUCUAAGAACGACUUUAUCGAGGUACUGCAGUGAUGUCAAACCACAAGAAUGGAAUUUUAUCAUGAACGAGCACGGGAAGCCUGAGAUAGACUUCGACAACCUGAAAGCUCGAAGGAUUCCUGAGCAGUUCAAGAGUCUUCGUUUCAACCUCUCGCACUGCUCAGGAAUGGUCUGCUGCGCCGUCUCAAUCGGUAGAGACGUCGGAGUAGAUUCUGAGCUCAUCUCCACCAAGAGGAGGAUCUUGUCCAUUGCUGAGAGAUUCUUCUCUGAAGCUGAAUUUGAAGAGCUCAAAAAGAUUCAUCCUGACAGGCAGCAGCUGGUCUUCUCACGCUUGUGGACGCUGAAAGAAGCAUAUGUCAAAGCGAGAGGACUGGGAAUCUCGGGUGUUGGACUGGACAACUUCGAAUUCACCGAGGCAAGCGGAUUCAUUUUUUCACUGCAACUCUCUGACAACGUUUGCAGGUUUGAUCGAGAAGACUCAGUUGUGUCUUCGGGUGACUUGUGGAAGUUCUUGAUAGUGAAUCCUCCCAGUGUCUCACAAUCGACAGAGCGCAACUCUCCCGCUCAUACAGUCUCCCUUGCAGUUGGAGGUCAAGAACCGUUCGAGCUUGUCUGCUUGAAGACUGUCCCAUGUCAUGUAACGCCAGAUGUCUUGUUGGAUCCAAGGUCAACAUAA